UAUUAAACAUGUUUUCAAACGUGUAUUUUUCUUGUUGAGUAGACUUCCUGUUCUAUGCUAUUAUUAAAUAAUUAUUAUUCUGUAUGUGUCGUAAAUACUAAGAUAACACCUGGUAACCUGUGAUAGGUUUUAUAGUUUAAGAGGAAUUAUAUAAAACGCCGCAAUUAAUUCGUAAUGGCUACAGACUCGAUUGGUAGAAUAGUUAUUCAGCAAUGUCUGAAUGCAAAGCUACAAACUAAAUUAACGAAUGAACAAGAAGAUCCUGUAUUCGUUAAGAUAAAUCGAGGAAUAGUUAUUUAUGUAUGCUUUCUGAAAGGUGCUUCUGAAGAACUGGUUUAUAAAAUGGUUACAACAGCUUUGAGUGUAAAACUGUGCGAAACUGAAGAUAGAGGAAUGGUGUCAAUUGUGGAUUUGCCAGGUGAUAUUCUUAUUGUUCCACAAGCCUGUCUGGGAGGGAGGUUAAAAGGUAAAGGUUUUCAGUAUCACAGAAUAAUAAAUAAAAGUGAGGGAUUCAAACUGUACGAAGUAUUUAUUAAAAAAUGCAAAGAAUUAGUAGCAGAAAAUGAAUUAGAAGAAAAAAUUAAUGUAAAAUAUGGGACAUAUGGAAAUAGACAAGUAUUAAAUAUGGAAACAAAUGGACCUUACACUCACAUCAUAGAUUUUUGAAGUGAUAAAUUUUGUUUAGUGUAUUAAUUUAUGUAAUGUAAUAAAUAAAUCAAUUUAUUAAAA